UUCUUUCGACAAUCAUUUAUAAGUUAUAUAACAACUUACAUUUAUUCGAAUAUCGACCAUGGCAGCUGUGAAGUCAUCAUCAUUAGUUGUUUCAUUGUUGUUGUUGAGCUUGCUUGUGAUUGUGCUGCAAAGCCGGGUGAUCGAAUGUCAGCCACAGCAGUCAUGCACCGCGUCACUUACAGGCUUGAACGUCUGCGCACCAUUCUUGGUGCCAGGCUCACCCACUGCAAGCACAGAGUGUUGCAAUGCAGUACAGUCAAUUAAUCAUGACUGUAUGUGCAACACUAUGCGUAUUGCAGCUCAAAUUCCAGCUCAGUGCAACCUCCCUCCACUCUCUUGUUCCGCAAAUUGAGUUUGAGAUCAGUGGCCAGCAAGUUUACAUAUGCUACAUGAGCAAAUUAAAUAAUAUCGUAACAAUAAAUUAACGUUGUCUCUUCUAUCUUUUUUUUUUUUUGGUUGUACUAUCAUAUGAUUAUCAAUAAACAAAUUAUGUGAUUUGGUUAAUUUCCUA